AUGACCAAAACCACCACCUUCGUGGAUUACUACCAAAUCCUCAACCUCCCCUUCGGCCCAUCAACCAGCCUGACAAAACAACAACUCAAACUCGCAUACCAUAAAGCCUUACUCCGACAUCACCCCGAUAAAGCCGGACCAAUUACCCAAGACGCGACUCUCCGCGCCACUUCCGCCUCAACCUCCCCCUCAUCGCAAGACAAAUUCACAAUCGACGAAAUAACAGCCGCCUACAAAACCCUCACAGACCCAAGUCUACGCGCCGAAUACGACCGCGUCCUCCGAUUAGACCGAGUAAAAGGCGCUGAGCGGGAAAAAACCGGCGACGUCUUUCACACGGGGUUGGAGGUUGUUGAUCUGGAAGAUUUGGGCUGUGAUGAGUCCGGUGAAGAGAUUGUUUGGUUUCGCGGGUGUCGGUGUGGUGAUGAGCGGGGGUUUUUGGUGUCGGAAGAUGAGCUUGAGAAGGAGGUUGAGCAUGGUGAGAUUGUUGUUGGGUGUCGGGGGUGUAGUCUUUGGUUGAAGGUGCUUUUUGCUGUUGAGGAUGAUGGGUGA